GGAUCGGUUAGUUGUCGCCGUCCGAGGUUUACACUGGGUUUGCCUCACCGUCGCGGCCGCCGGGUCCCUGCCUCCGCAGCUCCCGCCUUGGCCCCUGCGCAGCCGCUCUCCCUGCCCUCCUCCCCUUAACCACCCCCCGGUUUCUGUCGUCCGGGCCCCCAGGCCGGGCGAAUGAUGCCGUCGGAGAGCGGAGCUGAGCGCCAGGAUCAGGGGGCUGCGCAGGCGGAGGCGGCUGCGGCCUCGGCGGUGGCCACGGCGGCCCCGGCAGGCGGCGGCCCCGACCCGGAGGUCUCGUCGGCCUUCCUCGGACGGCACCUGAGCGGGCUGGGCUGGCCACAGGUGAAGCGACUGGACGCGCUCCUGAGCGAGCCGAUUCCCAUUCACGGGCGCGGCAACUUCCCCACGCUGAGCGUGCAGCCCCGGCAGAUCGUGCAGGUGGUCCGCAGCAGCCUGGAGGAACAGGGACUACGAGUGCACAGUGUGCGGCUGCAUGGCUCUGCUGCCAGCCACGUGCUGCACCCUGAGAGUGGCCUGGGCUACAAGGACCUGGACGUGGUGUUCCAGGUGGACCUGCGCAGUGAGGCGUCCUUCCAGCUGACCAAGGCAGUGGUGCUGGCCUGCCUGUUAGACUUCCUGCCUGCCGGUGUGAGCAGGGCCAAGAUCACACCAUUGACACUCAAGGAGGCAUAUGUGCAGAAGCUGGUAAAAGUGUGCACAGACACGGACCGCUGGAGCCUCAUUUCACUGUCCAACAACAGCGGCAAGAACGUAGAGCUCAAGUUUGUGGACUCCGUGAGACGCCAGUUCGAGUUCAGCGUAGACUCCUUCCAGAUCAUCCUGGACUCGCUGCUGCUCUUUGGCCAGUGCUCAUCCACACCCAUGUCCGAGGCCUUCCACCCAACAGUGACAGGCGAAAGCCUGUACGGGGACUUUGCUGAGGCCCUGGAGCACCUGCGGCACCGUGUCAUUGCUACGCGCAGCCCCGAGGAGAUCCGUGGUGGCGGCCUCCUCAAGUACUGCCACCUCCUGGUGCGGGGCUUCCGGCCGCGGCCCAGCACCGACGUGCGGGCCCUGCAGCGCUACAUGUGCUCCCGCUUCUUCAUCGACUUCCCAGACCUGGCAGAGCAGCAGCGCACCCUGGAGCGCUACCUGGAGGCCCACUUUGGUGGGGCCGACGCGGCCCGCCGUUACGCCUGCCUGGUGACGCUGCACCGGGUGGUCAACGAGAGCACCGUGUGCCUCAUGAACCACGAGCGCCGCCAGACCCUGGACCUCAUUGCCAUGCUGGCGCUCCAGGCGCUGGCUGAGCAGGGCCCGGCUGCCACUGCUGCCCUCGCCUGGCACCUUCCAGGCCCCGACGGGGUUGUGCCAGCCACUGUCAAUUACUACGUGACCCCUGUGCAGCCUCUGCUGGCUCGGGCCCACUCCUAUCCCACCUGGCUGCCUUGUAACUGACUUGGACCCUGGCCAGAAGGGAAGGGCCUGGGCCUAACAGGGUGGGGUGGGGCCUCCAGGAGUGUGUGGAGGACAUGACCAGAGACAGGCAGCCUGUGCCAGGUGGCCCAGCACUGCUGCAGAGUUGGGCCUUCAAUGGAACAGACCAGACUUCCCCGAAUGAGGCCCCUGUGGCCUUAAGGGCAAGCUGGGGUUCUUGGCAGGAGGACCCCUUGGUGGCAGUACUGCACUUUGGGACCACCAUGAUUGUGGGUGCAGAGGCUGUUUGUCUUGAGAGUCAAUUGCCCUCAGGAGACAAAACGAUUCGGGGUGGCAGCCUCGGUGCCCAACACCUAGGGUUGAAUUCAUGGUGUUUUUGACUAGAGCCAGUGCACAGUGAUCCCAUCAGCCUCCAAGGGCCUGCAGCCCACACAUUGGCUAAAAUAUGGUAUGUUAUGGGGACUACUCACUUUGGGUCAGGCUGGGCCACUAACAGGGCCUGGUGGUCCAACCUGGCUCAUCACUGCGAGGAGGAGAAUGGAGGCAUGAGGCAGAUACCUGGGUUUGGAGAGGGGUGGGUUUAGCCCGGUCUCCUGAAACCCACACCCAAGCUGUGAAAUGAGGUGUGCCAUGUACAGGAGCCCAGCAGCCCAGGUGGGCCACAGCCAGGUGGGCCACAGCCCAGGCCCCUUCCAGUGUGUUGCUCCCUUCCCUUGUGUUGUGAGGAACCCUCCUGCCUGGAGUUUGUUCUUUGGAGGGUGCUGGGCCCAAAUUUGCCACAGUAAAGUCAAGUGCGCCCACCCUACUGGCUUGGUUACAAGCUGUCAGAUGGGGGAAGGGAGCCACCCCCCACCUCCUUCUCUAUCCCUCUGGAUUUGUUGCUGUUUUGCACUCUUAACACCUGCCAAUAAAGAUUGUCUACACUGA